AUGUUAUGGGGCAACACUGCAGGUUCCAAAAGAACCAUUGCAGACCUCUGUCGAGCCACAAGAGGCAGCGCAGGAUUGGACCUCUGUGCCACCUCCUACACAGUAUUAACACCCGAGAUGGGGGUUCAAACCCUUGCCACAGGAGUGUUUGGGCCUUUACCUCCAGGAACUGCUGGAUUGCUUUUAGGGCGCAGCAGUGCGUCUUUAAAAGGAAUACUUAUUCAUCCUGGUGUGAUUGACUCUGAUUAUACAGGAGAGAUAAAAAUAUUAGCCUCCGCUCCUAACAAAAUUAUUGUGAUUAAUGCAGGACAACGUAUAGCUCAACUUCUUUUAGUUCCAUUAGUUAUACAAGGAAAAACAAUUAACCGAGAUCGUCAAGAAAGAGGCUUCGGGUCCUCUGACGCCUAUUGGGUGCAAAAUGUUACCGAGGCACGACCAGAACUUGAGCUACGCAUUGAUGGUAAGCUUUUCCGCGGAGUGCUUGAUACAGGGGCCGAUAUUAGCGUUAUUUCUGAAAAAUACUGGCCUACUACAUGGCCUAAACAAAUAGCUAUUUCCACUCUUCAGGGUAUUGGCCAAACUACCAAUCCAGAACAAAGUUCGUCCCUUCUUACUUGGAGGGAUAAAGAUGGCCAUACAGGCCAAUUUGAGCCUUAUAUUCUGCCCCAUCUUCCAGUUAAUCUAUGGGAGCGUGAUAUAUUAAACAAAAUGGGUGUUUAUUUAUAUAGUCCUUCACCCACCGUAACAGAAUUAAUGUUGGAUCAGGGCUUACUCCCAAACCAAGGUUUGGGUAAACAACAUCAAGGCAUCAUUUUACCCCUUGAUUUAAAAUCUAAUCAAAGUCGAAAGGGCUUGGGGUGUUCCCUAGGGACCUCUGAUUCUCCUGUGACACAUGCCGAUCCUAUUGAUUGGAAAUCUGAGGAACCGGUAUGGGUCGAUCAGUGGCCCCUAACACAAGAGAAACUUUCUGCCGCACAACAGCUGGUGCAGGAACAGCUGAGACUUGGGCAUAUUGAACCCUCUACCUCUGCGUGGAAUUCCCCAAUUUUUGUUAUUAAAAAGAAGUCGGGAAAAUGGAGAUUGCUACAAGACCUUCGUAAGGUAAAUGAAACAAUGAUGCAUAUGGGAGCCCUACAACCUGGGUUGCCCACUCCUUCCGCUAUACCUGACAAAUCCUAUAUCAUUAUUAUAGAUUUAAAAGAUUGUUUUUACACUAUUCCUCUUGCACCUCAAGAUUGUAAAAGAUUUGCCUUUAGUUUGCCCUCUGUUAAUUUUAAAGAACCUAUGCAACGCUAUCAAUGGAGAGUCCUUCCACAAGGAAUGACUAAUAGCCCUACGUUAUGUCAAAAAUUUGUUGCUACAGCAUUAGCUCCCGUUCGUCAACGUUUUCCUCAGUUAUAUUUAGUUCAUUAUAUGGAUGAUAUAUUACUAGCUCAUGCUGACGAACAUCUAUUGUAUCAAGCUUUUUCUAUUCUAAAGAAACACUUGAGUCUUAAUGGUCUUGUCAUAGCUGAUGAAAAAAUUCAAACUCAUUUUCCCUAUAAUUAUUUGGGUUUCUCCUUAUAUCCUCGCGUUUAUAAUACCCAAUUAGUAAAAUUACAGACUGACCAGUUAAAAACUCUAAAUGAUUUUCAAAAACUUCUAGGAGACAUUAAUUGGAUACGCCCUUAUUUAAAACUACCCACUUAUACCUUGCAGCCUUUAUUUGAUAUCCUUAAAGGUGACUCUGACCCUGCGUCACCCCGAACACUUUCUUCAGAAGGACGAUCAGCCUUACAAUCAAUAGAAGAAGCUAUUAGACAACAACAGAUUACUUAUUGUGAUUACCAACGGCCAUGGGGUUUGUAUAUACUUCCUACCCCUCGAGCACCUACAGGAGUUCUUUAUCAAGAUAAACCUUUGCGAUGGAUAUAUCUAUCUGCUACUCCAACUAAACAUCUGCUCCCUUACUAUGAGCUUGUUGCAAAAAUUGUAGCAAAAGGACGUCAUGAGGCCAUCCAAUAUUUUGGUAUAGAACCCCCUUUCAUUUGUAUUCCUUAUGCUUUAGAACAACAAGAUUGGCUUUUUCAAUUUUCAGAUAAUUGGUCUAUAGCUUUUGCAAACUACCCAGGACGGAUUACUCAUCAUUAUCCUUCUGAUAAAUUGUUACAAUUUGCUAGCUUUCAUGACUUUAUUUUUCCAAAAAUAGUUCGCCGACAACCCAUUCCUAAAGCGACACUUAUAUUUACAGAUGGAUCUUCUAAUGGUACUGCAGCUUUAAUUAUUAACCAUCAAACUUAUUAUGCACAUACCAGUUUCUCUUCUGCCCAGGUUGUGGAAUUAUUUGCAGUCCAUCAAGCAUUGCUAACUGUAUCCACUUCCUUCAAUUUAUUUACAGACAGCUCUUAUGUGGUCGGUGCCCUACAGAUGAUUGAAACUGUUCCAAUUAUCGGCACAACCUCUCCUGAAGUUCUUAACUUAUUUAAAUUAAUUCAACAGGCCCUCCACCGUCGUCAAUACCCGUGUUUCUUUGGGCAUAUUCGUGCGCAUUCCACCCUUCCUGGUGCCUUAGUACAAGGCAAUCACACUGCGGACGUUCUUACUAAACAAGUGUUUUUUCAAUCAGCUAUUGAUGCAGCCCAAAAAUCUCACAACUUACAUCAUCAAAAUAGUCAUUCUUUACGGUUACAAUUUAAGAUUUCCCGCGAAGCUGCACGACAAAUCGUAAAAUCUUGCUCUACCUGUCCUCAAUUCUUUGUUCUCCCUCAAUAUGGUAUUAACCCUCGAGGUUUACGCCCUAAUCAUCUCUGGCAAACAGAUGUCACUCACAUUCCUCAAUUUGGACGUCUUAAAUAUGUUCAUGUCUCCAUCGACACCUUUUCUCAUUUUCUCAUGGCCUCCCUUCAUACUGGAGAAUCAACUCGUCAUUGUAUUCAACAUUUGCUCUUUUGCUUCUCUAUUUCAGGAAUUCCACACACCCUUAAAACAGAUAAUGGACCCGGUUAUACUAGCCGCUCUUUUCAACGUUUUUGUCUUUCCUUCCAAAUCCAUCAUAAAACAGGAAUUCCCUAUAACCCACAGGGACAAGGUAUUGUGGAACGAGCCCAUCAGCGUCUCAAACAUCAACUAUUAAAACAAAAAAAGGGGAAUGACUUGUAUAGCCCCUCACCGCAUAAUGCCUUGAAUCAUGCUCUUUAUGUUUUAAAUUUUUUAACUCUAGACGCAGAAGGCAAUUCAGCAGCCCAACGUUUUUGGGGAGAACAGUCCUCAUGCAAAAAACCACUCGUACGAUGGAAAGAUCCACUUACCAAUCUGUGGUAUGGGCCAGACCCUGUAUUAAUAUGGGGACGCGGGCAUGUUUGUGUUUUUCCACAGGAUGCCGAAGCGCCGCGCUGGAUCCCGGAGAGGCUGGUACGCGCGGCGGAGGAACUCCCUGACACAUCAAAUGCACCACAUGACACUGAGCGAGCCCACGAGUGA